UUAUCAAACUGUUUUUAAAAUAUUUAUUGUGUGCAAUUAAUUUUAACAAUGAGCAGAUUACCAGUACGAUCUAAUAUUGUAAAGGCAAAUGAUCCAAGACCAUCAAAAGACCAAAAUGAGGUUAAAGCUCCGAGAAAUUAUGAACCUCCAAAACUUUGGACCACUCUGAAGUACCCAAACCCUCGUUACAGAACCCUCAAGAACGAAAUAAGUUCUAGGAAGAAUUCAGUAGAAGCAGAUUUAGAGCCACAGAAGCCAAGCUUCGAAGGUGAGGAAGUGAAUAAUAAGGAGAACGAGGAGGAACUGUCUACAGCACGAACUAAAUACCACGCCUCCCACCCAACAGCGAGUACGUUAUCAUACCCAGAUCAUGCUGCACCUUAUACCCAAAAACCUGAUGUAUGUAACGCUGAUGGGAUUGGUGAACAUGAAGAGAUUUGCCGACAUGAGAAACCUCCCGAAAGUAUGGAGGCGUCUUGUUCUAUAGAGGAUGGUGAUCCUAUAUCGGAGCUGAUACGUAAAAUAAACGAGGAAGUUGCUAAGAGCGUACAAAAUUUAAACAAAUCAAAAUCACGACUCAUAGAAAUACAAGCGAGCCGAAGUAUGUGUGAGAGUAACGUAAAAGAUUUGGAAGUACAGAAUGAAAAGCUUUUAAUUGAAGCUGAACGCUUUGAGCGGAUCGCCAAAAAUGUACAGAGUUUUGAUCUUGUGGAUAGGCACAAGCGCAGACCUGUACACAAUAGGUGCCGGAAUUGUCAGCAGAAUAGCUCUGUAGACAUUUUGUGCGAAAAAUGCCAACAGAAUAAUAUAGAGUCGUACUGUGGAACGGGAAUGAAUCGGGCGUCGACAGUGUCCACAGAAUGCAGCGCAAACACGUCGACAGAGAAGAGUAAUUCUGAGAACGAUAUGACGAGGAGGUUGAACGAGAGUUACGACAUGCAGGAGCAACUUGUGGCUGCCAACGCGGAGUUGGAAGCUAAGAGAUACACGUUAGUCAAGGAGCUCAUGACCAAGGACCAAAACCUGGAAACUUGCCGUGCACACGUCAAAAUACUGCAAGCUGAGCUUAAACUCAUCAACAAAGAGAAUCAUUUCCUUCGCGAAAAACUUAUAAGAAAUAGUCCAGAGGGAGACGUUGCUUUAAGCGAAUCUAAAUGCAAUCAGGAACUCAAGCAACAAGAACGGGUUCCAGUCGAUGAAAACGAAAAAGAAUUGUUAGCAGAAUUACAAACAUACAAAAUCAAGAAUCAGGAACUUCAAAAGGAAAUCACUUCUUUGGAAAACAAAGUGCGACACUUGAAGCUUGAAAUGGACAAGAGUGCCUGCCGUGACGCAACAUAUUCGUCCAACAAAUCGUGCGCCAUGCACGGAGACCUGCAUUGUCCAGCGCCAUGCAACACAAAUUCAGGACAAACACCGGGGGACAAGGAAAUUCAGAAACUUCAGAUUCAACUGCGCCAGACGGAGGAGAAUUUUAAAACAAAAGUCACCGAGUGUGCGAUACUCAGAACGGAGUUUCAAAAGCAGAAAGAAGAACUGGAGAAGGAAAGAUGCCUCCAUCGCGAAGUGGCACACAAGCUUCGAGAGUUGGAGAUGAAAUUCGAGGGACUCACAGCCCAAACUAACUCUCUACUGGGAACCAAAGAGCAGGCUUUUGAACAGGAGGUCAAUGUUAAAGCUCUGAAGCAGUGCUACAGAGAGGCCAGGGAUGAAAUUGAAGAAUUACGUCUGCUCAUGAAAGAACAGAACGAUCAGUUGCAGGAUUACAGAGUCAAGUACCUUCAGGCACAGCAGCUGGUGGAGGAGCAGAAGCGUCAAAUGGACACGAUGGACAUGGACAACGCCAGAAUAAGCGAACAAAUCAACCUCGAAAUUCAAAGAGUUAAGCUUGUAUUUCAAGAGAAGCUGCAGGAGCUAGCACCAAUACCGGACCUGUUGAGAUCGACGCAGAUCAAGCUAAAAGAUGCUCAGCAGAAUCAAGCAAUCGCUGAGCAUAAUGCGGAACAACUGGCCAGAGAGCUAAAUUCUGCCAGGGAAAAGAUUCACAUGCUGCUCAACAGUAAAAUUAAACCGAUAGAGAAACCAACUCAAGACAAGUCCUCGGAAGAGAAACAGAUAGCAUUACUUAGUCAAAGGGUGACGCAGCUAACCGAAAUGAAUACCUCGUAUAAGAAUGAAAUAGAAAGACUCAAAGGUAACGUUAUUCGCAUGGAGGAAGCGGUGCUGGCCAACGAGAAGCGUCUCCAGGAGAAGCUGCACGAGUGUGCGCAGCUUGGCGGCGAGCUGGACAGGACGAGGGAUGAGGCGGCGAGAGCAUUGCAGCGGGCCUCGGAGAGAACAGAGACCAUACGCAAAUGCAUGCAGACGUCCAUAGCGGAACUGGAACGGCAGCUCGCUGCUGCCAGAGCUCAAGUGAAAAUAGCUGAGAAGGACAAGGAACAAGUCCAAGCGCGCAUGCAAUCUCAAAUACAACGGCUAAACGAGAACUUUGAGCAGGCGCAGCUCAGGAUAUUAGGUCUUCAGACGCAAGUCCAGACACUUAAACGUACAGUGUCCAGUACAGAUGAAGGAGAGGGAGAUAAUGAGGAGUGUACGUGCAAGAACUUCUUUGACUAACUAAUAGGUCAUUAGGUCACGAAAACCAUGUUGAAAAUGAUUGAGUUUAGUUUAUACUUUAUAUUUUUAAUUUUUUUAAAU